AUGAAUGGUGUUGAAGUCGAUCAAAGUUUACUGCAAGAUGUACGGCUUUACGAAAACAACAGAGAAAGAGAGAGAGUGGAUAGUUUAAGUGAACUAUAUGCUGUACUUAAAUCGUUGGAAUGUCUAGAGACGCUGUUUGCUGGUGACUAUAUUAAUCACGAAGAAUAUGCUGGUGAAUGUACCAAACUGCUGCGACAGUAUAAGAUGGCUUUGAGGCAAGCACAAGUGGAAAAGGUUGACGAGUUUGUGGCUAAAUACCAAAUGACGUGUCCGGCAGCUUUGGAAAGGAUUCGUGAGGGCCACCCGGUGAUAGUGAGGAAAAAGGAGAACACACCUAAGCUUAUAAAAGACGUUGUUGAGACGUUUAUAACCUACAUUGAUCAACUGAAGUUGAAUGUCAGAGCUGUCGAUGACUUGCAGCCAAGCUUAAAUGACUUGUAUUUGUCUAUUUCCGCUUUCCCAGCUCUGCCGGAUGACGCUGAUUCAAAAGUCAAAGUGAAGAAAUGGCUUGACAGGUUGAAUCAGAUGAGCGCAACUGAUGAAGUUGGCGAAGAAGAGGCCCGGCAAAUGACUUUUGACAUCGAAAGCGCUUACACGGCCUUCAAUCGGUUUCUGGAAACCCACUAG